UCGGCUAGUUACUUUCUGAUCCUCGGUUGCUUCCUUGCUGGAGAAAAAUGACGGAUGUGUUUUGAUCCGCUGCGACAUAACAAAGCUGCAAACCAGACCUUGACAGACAGGCCCGAAGAGGAGAAACCUCCAGGGGAUACGACCACUCACCUGUCUGUAACGUUAAGUCGUGUUUACCUGUUAUUUCAUCUGCGGAGACAUGAACGCCGGAGGAGGGGCGGGUAGCUAGUUUAGUAGACAAGCCGAAACACCGCCCGCCUUUUCGGUUUGGAAGAGGAACAAACGCAGCAGUUUAAUCUGGUUGCAGACGUCUGCUUUUUGUCUUUUGUAACAUUAACAGCAAGUGCUAACAUUAUCAGGAAGUGCUAUUAGCUCUGAUUCCCCCCCCCCAAACGUCCAGCUACCGACAUGUCAAAAUACACAAGCUUUCCAGAGCCGGUGGAGGACCACAACCCUUUCCAGGACCCUGCAGUGACUCAACACAGCAGCAACACGGGAUAUGCAACACUGGACCUUUACAACCCGUUUGACAACACGACAGGGCCUCCACCACCGUAUGAAGCCACCUCUCCCUCUGCUCCAUCGGUGCCUGCGCAGACCCCACCCAGCAGGACAACACCUACUGAGCCUCGCAACUAUGGCUCCUAUAACACCCAGACUGCCGUGAAUGCUACAACUGCGGAGCUCCUGAGGAAGCAGGAGGAGCUGGAGAAGAAAGCCCGGGAGCUGGAGAGGAGAGAGAGGGAGCUGGAGUCACACAACCUCGGACCUGGAGCCACCCGUCAGAAUAACUGGCCCCCACUGCCCUCAUUCUGCCCUGUGGGCCCCUGCUUCUACCAAGACAUCAAUGUGGAGAUCAGCCAGCGUUUCCAGCGCACGGUCACCAUCAUGUACUACUUCUGGAUGUUCUGCACUUGCACGCUGCUCUUCAACCUGAUCUCCUCCCUGGCAAUGUUCUGCGUGGACCCCGCUGGUGGUGUUGGCCUGGGUCUCGCCAUCCUGUGGGGGCUCCUCUUUACUCCCUGCUCCUUUGUCUGUUGGUACCGACCUAUGUACAAAGCCUUCAGGAGUGACAGUUCCUUCAACUUCUUUGUCUUCUUCUUCGUUUUCUUUGCCCAAGUGGUCAUGUACGUCAUCAUGACUAUUGGCAUCCCUGGUUGGGGUUUCAGUGGGUGGAUCGUGAGCUUGGCUGCUCUGAAGACGAGCAUCCCCGUUGGUGCGAUCAUGAUGAUGAAUGCCAUCCUCUUUACUGCCCAAACCGCCAUGGGGGUUGUCAUGCUGAAGAAGGUCCACAGUCUGUACAGGCAGACCGAUGCCAGCUUCCAAAAGGCCCAGGCUGAGUUUGCCACUGGAGUCAUGUCCAAUCAGGCUGUACGCCAGGCCACUGUCAACGCUGCCCAGGGGGCCUUCACCGCACCUCGAUAGAGAGGGACAAGAGGGGCCGGGAGGGUAAGAAGUGCAGGAGCAGGGCCUUUUUCAGCUUGAUAGAGGAACAGUUUGGUAUUUAUUUGCCCACAGGUGAUUAGAAUUUGAUGGGGGGUACUGAGUCUGUAUAAUUACCCUGGGGCACCUGAACUACAGGGCACUUGCAUGAGACAGUGGUGGGGAUGUCUAAUUUCAAAUUGUGUACAGGACAAGUUAGCUAUAUUGCCAAACCAGGAGUCAACAUAUCAUAAGUGUUGAUUCAAGGAACAGAAAAAAUGGUGUGAGAUGUAAAAGCAACCAAGUGUCAGUGAGUGCAAGGAAAUACUUUUUAUAUGAAAGCACAAGCUGUGUGCCAAGUGGGAUAGUACUAGCCUGGAUUUCCCAUCUGUAAAUGACUUGGAUGUAUACGGUGUUUACAAGGAGCCAUGUUUGCCACAAAUGUAAGAGAUGGAGCUGAACACUGAAAUGUUGCCAUUCUAACAUUUGAUCCAUAACUGAGCGGAUCAACUUUAGCCAACGCUUCUUUUUGUUGCAUAAGUGUGAAACUAACAAGUUGUUUUUGUUAUUAUUCCAAGUGAGAAUGCCUAUUUACUGUAUUGCCAAAACCUUUCAUUCUGUAAAGUUUAUGAACAUGUGUUGUUUUGGUUGCUAUAUACCUGUCAAUGUUCUGUUGGUGCUGCUUGUGGUUCUUAUGGUUAUUACAGGUCACUGUCUUGGUUUUAAUAAAAAAUAAAUUGUCAUGCUUACACAUUCAA